CAGCAGGCAAGGCAUGGACCUCUCGAUCCCAUUCCUGCUGCUCUACCAGGGCGUCAUGUCGCUGCUGAACUGGUCCCUGGUGCUGGUCCAGAGGGCCCACCUUGCCGGCACCUUCAUGGGCACCUUCUGCGUGUCCCUAGCCCUGGUGGACUCGCUGUUCGCUGCCACCACCAUCGCUAUCUAUGGCCUCCAGGACUUCAUGCUGCUGGGCGUGCGCCUCACGCAGCACCACGUGUGCCUACUGGCGCAGGUCAUGGGCUGCAUGUACAGCACGUUGCACUGGCCCGUGCUGUUCGCAGCAGCUCUGGAUCACUUGACGUCUCCUCCUCCUCCUCCGCUGCAGCUGCCGCCGUCGGCGCUGCUGCCCGCACCGUUGGGGCCAACAGUGGGGCAGGAGAGGGUGACAGGCAAUGGCAAGGGCAAGGGGCGAGCUGGGGACUGGAGGCUGGGCCAUGUGGCCUGUGCGGGCAUGCUGUGGGCCUCGUCUGUGGUGUACGUGUUUCUGGGGCCCGGCGCCCUCCAGCCAGCGCUGGAUGAUUCACCUCACCUGCUCCUGGGGAGCUGCAAGGCGCACAACGGCACGGCGCAUUCCCUGAUCGCUAUAGGCCUGCUGGUGACCGUGGCGUGCGUUACCCUGUACGGCAAGCUGAUGCAGGGAGGACACGCCGACUCUGCGUACAGCGUAGAGGAGAAAGACAGCAAGAGGAGUGCUAGGCCCUUGAGGCAGAGGUUUCGUCAUCGUGGCGAACACUCGAGGAUAGGCAUUGUGGGACAUGCUCUCACCGUGUUCACAAAGACCUGGGCUGCUUUCCUAAUACUGGUGGUUGCUGUUCUGGUUUUCAGGACUGACGUGCCUUCUCACUUGGCGAUGAAUGUCCUCUGGCUGUGUUUCCUCAACAGUUUCCUGAUUAGCGUGUGCCUCUGCGCCCAUUACCGGCACUUAAAGGCAAAUAAGAUCUCAAAACUUACUGAUGGCUUUUGCCAGUGGGAGCUAACCUUUGCUGAGGGCGGUGCGACAUAGCGAAU